CCUGAGUCGCUGCCCUGGGGUGAGAACAGAGCUGAUCCGAUUGCUGCCAGGUGGAGAGAGUCAGCCGCUGCAAAGGAGGCAGAGGUGAACUACCAGCAGGUGUUCCUCAAACGGACUUGUGAGGACAGAUUGCGAAGCGUUCACUCAGGACAGCGGGGUGACCAGUCUGCCUCCGGUUCUCUCAUUGUUAAAUCCUGAGACAACAGGAAAAUGACUUCCCAUGACCAAAAGGCUGUCACUCACAGACCCAAGGUGGCUCCCACCAAGAGGAUGAGCAAAUUCCUGAAGCACUUCACAGUGGUCGGGGACGACUACCACACAUGGAACGUCAACUACAAGAAGUGGGAGAAUGAGGAGGAGGAGGAGGAGCCGGCGCCCACAUCAGCGGAGGGCGAGGGCAGUGCUGCUGGUGCAGAUGCCGAGGCUGGCUCUGUCUCCACGCCCAGGCCAACCCUGGACUUCAGGACCAGGCUGAGGAAACUCUUCAGUUCCCACAGGUUUCAGGUCAUCAUCAUCUGCCUGGUGGUCCUGGACGCCCUCCUGGUGCUUGCUGAGCUCCUUCUGGAUUUGAAGAUCAUUGAGCAAAACUACAUAGUCAAGGUGUUCCACUACAUGAGUUUUGCCAUCCUGGCCUUCUUCAUGGUGGAGAUUUUCCUUAAAAUCUUUGUCUUCCGCUUGGAGUUCUUCCACCACAAGUUUGAGAUCCUGGACGCCAUCGUGGUGGUGGUGUCUUUCGUCAUUGACCUCGUCCUCAUGUUUAAAAACCACCACUUUGAAGCUCUUGGUCUGCUGAUCCUGCUUCGGCUGUGGAGGGUGGCCCGCAUCAUCAAUGGCAUCAUCAUCUCUGUGAAGACACGCUCAGAAUGGCAGAUCCUGAGGUUAAAGCAGAUAAACAUCCAACUGGCCACGAAGAUCCAGCAUCUGGAAUUCAGCUGCUCCGAGAAGGAACAAGAGAUUGAGCGGCUCAACAAGCUGCUGAGACAGAACGGACUUCUCGGGGAUGUGAACUAGCCUUCCAGACGCUACCUAGAGGAGCUGGGCUGUAGCCAGACAGCAAGCGUGUGGUGUGAAGUCCAGUCCCCAUCUCUGCCUUGGCUUGCACUCCGGGAUGCUGGCGCUGCUGCUGCCCCCUCGGUGUCCACGCCCUAUGCCUGCAGCAAAGGAAGAAUGACCUUUCCUCAAGCUGGCCUCUACUGCCACUCGCUCGCUCGGGAGUCAUCAAGGAAGCUGGGCUGUAAAACCAGCUUAAAGCACAUCCUGAAAGGACCUGGAACUGGCACCCUGUACCAGCCUAUUCUGGAAAACCUUUCUAUACUAGAUGGUCCACAGCUUUUCCUGCUGCAUUUCCUAGGGGAACCAUCAUGGUACCCA